AUGAGCGAUGUAAUUUCCCUUGCAGAGAAUGCUGCAAGGGAAAGAGGUAUCAAACCAUUAUAUAUAGGUAUAAUGAAGGUGGUUGAUGAAUCUAAUAAUGUUAGAAGCUCAUUAAAAAACGUUAUUGUUAUAUCAAAAACUAAUUUAUUAGUAUUUGAUGCAGAUCCAUUCAAAUUCUUGAAAAGACACUCAUGGAUUCAACUAAAUCAUAUUUCAUAUCAAGAUAAAACUAUUCAAUUACAAUUCGAUCAAGAUCGUUAUAAUUGGCAUUCUAAUGAGAUAUAUUUAGUCUUGCCACCGAUAUCUGAGUCAAUCCAGCAAAUACUGAAAUAUACAGAAUUGAAAAAACUCAACUUUUCCCCGUAUAAAGAUCAAGUUUUCAAACCAUCAGCAAAUUCGGCAUUACAAAGAGCUAGGUCAUACAUAAGCAACAAUAAACUUACAAUAGACGAGAAAAGUUUCAAUAAUUUCGAAAAUAUUUUUUAUACGUCACAAAUAUCAGUAAAAAUACUAAAUAUUUCAAUACAAGAUGAUAUAUGCAGUUUGAUAGCAGAUUCUCUACCACUUUAUCCAAAUUUACUUGGAAUUGAAGUUUCAAAAAUUCAUAACGUUGAUACUUUUGAAAUUGCAAAAGCUUUUGCCAAAGAAAGAUGCAGCAUUGAAUAUAUGUCUAUUGAAGGUGAAGUUACUUCUACUUUUAAUCGAUUUGUUUCAUCUUUAAAGCAUAAUAGAUCAAUUCCAAUUCAUGGGAUUGGUUUUUCGAAUAGUAACUUUACUGAAGCGAAUCUUGAUCGUCUCAAAGAAUUAAUUACCCGCAAAAAUAUACGAUCUCUUACUUUCAAUAAAUCUAUUACAACAAGAGCCAUGAAACACUUCUGCAAUUCAUUUUUAAAUAGCGAGAUUGGAGAUAACUUAGUUUAUUUGAACUUAAACUACUCAACAAAUAUAACUUUGUCUCUAAUUUUGCCAAAUAUAAUUUCAAUUCAAUAUUUAUCGUUGGAAGGUUGCAAUUUAGAUAUAGUCAAAUCAUUGAUAUCGAUUUCUAAGUACAGAUUUCCCAAUUUAGUCGCUUUAAACUUAUCAAAUAAUCAAUGUGAAAAUUCUGUAGGAAUGGCAACGAUUAAGCUACCGCCAUCCAUCGAAUCUUUCUCAAUGAACAAUAUAACAUGGGGUAGUGACUCUUUUGUUACGUUUUUGGACUUAAUUUUUAGUACAUAUAAAAAUGGUCUCAAACUUUCAAUAUCUAAUGCACAAAUGGACUAUGAUAGUUGGACAAACGUGUUUGAUUUCCUUGGAAGCAUCCCUUAUUUUAAAUUAUCUUCAUUAGUGUGGGAUAACAAUCCAAUUGUGCAGCCGUUCAUUGAAUUCCUGGAAAAUAACGAGAAUAUUUCGUAUCUUUCAUUAAAUUCGUGUUUUGAAGGCUCAAAUUUCUCAAUUUUCAAACAAUUUUUACAAGGACUCAAAUUGAUGAAAAACUUGACAUCUCUUUCCAUCAGAGGUCAUAAUACAAAGACAAUUUCCAAGUUCUUGAAAGAUUUUGUUGAUUCAAUUCUUAAUUCAAAAAUUGAAUUUUUAGAUACUUCAAAUAACGGCGGUGGAGAAGAUUCUCUCACUUAUUAUGAAGAUUUGCUACUAGAACCUUCUUCUCUAAGAGUUCUAGUCCUCGACGGCCUAAAUCCAACAGAUGCCGAAAGAUUUAAAGAUUUUCUUGAGGUCGCGACUGAUUCAAAUGUGUUUAUGAGCUUCCCAUUCGAUGAUUCCGAGUAUCUCGUGAAAAAUGGCCAAAUUGCAAGAGAAGAUAUCAAAGAAUUUAUGGUAAUUAUGAAUUUGGCCAAAUCUUCGUCCGAAAUGCUCAAUGUUUUCUAUGAAGAAGAAUGUCCGUCAUUUCCUUUAUACGUUGUUCCAGAAAAUAUUCCUCAAAUUUCGCAAAAAACUCCAGAAAAAGUCAAGUUCGAAAAGCCGAAAUCUCCUGUUCGCGAAAAGAGAUUAUUCGAACUUGCCUCAUAUUCAGAAGCCAAAACUCUUGAUCCAGAUUUAUCUCUUUCAAAAUCUCGUCAGCGACAUCACUCCAAAAAGUGCCAACCGAAAAUUGUUGAUAUAAUUUACCAAACAAGAAAAGAGGAAAUACCGGUAAAAAGUCCGAAAUUCGCUAACGAAAUCGUACAACUAGGACCAUCAAAGACACUAGAUCCCGAAAUAGGCCUUCCUCCAGAGCCAGAACAAAGUUUAUUAUGUACUAGUGUAACAAAUGACGAGCAACAGACAGAUGAUGAUGGUAGAUCAGGAGCUGCAACAGUUGGUGAUCCAAUGACACUUGGAGAAGCUGUUACUUCCCAAGUUUUGAACGAUGAAAGUUAUAAUCCAAAGAAUAUUCAUCAGAAAACAACGAGAAGAGAAAGAAUAUCGUUGUUUAACAUCGAAAUAGACUCUGAUGAAGACGAAUUACCUAAAUUUGUUCGUCAAAGUCAAGAUGAUGAAAGUGAUCAAGAUGCUCCAAUGCAAACAAUGCUAAUGGAGACUCCAGCCAAACAACAAGAAGAACCACAACAAAGAAGACAUAGGAGAAGAAGGAGAAAGAAAGAAACUGCAAGCCAAACUAAAAAUUAUCAUGAUCAGUUUAACUGGGAAUUUCCAAACAUGAAUCAGAACUUUGAGGAGGAAGAGGAAGAAGACAUUUGGGAGAACCUUGAUAGACAUUUCUCAUUUGAUUCAAACUUUGAUGAAAUUCGAAACACUCCGCCUUAUUACGUGAGAAAGAAAUAA